GAUAAUCGACUGUCUUAUGUCAAAUAUCGCUUAAACCAAAAUAAAUAAUUCUAUCGGUGCGAAAAUGAGUAUAAAUCCAAUUCUUUUACAAAAAUCCAUUCGAGAUAAUGCGGCCGACCUUCAAGAUUUUGCAAAAGAUUUAAAAAGUUGGGGCGAGGAAAUGAAACGAAAGGAAGAAACGUUGAAAAGUGAAAAUAAAGCGGAAAAAGCUAUAAAAGAUUCCAAGCAGAUUAGAAAACUGAAACGUAAUGAUAAAACUAAAAAACCAGCGACAAAAAUUGGUGCUACUGACUAUGCAGCUUGGGAUAAAUUUGAUGUUGAUGCAGAGCUAAACAAACUAGAGGAAGACAUUAAUGAUGAUUCUGAUCUAACUGAUGAAUGUAAUGAAAGCAUGUAUGACAGUGCCUUAGUGGAGAAAGAAAAGGGUAAUACAUUUGUAAAGGCACAAAAAUGGAAUGAAGCUAUAGAUUGUUAUACAAAAGCUAUAGGGUGCUACUCAUAUGACCCGAUAUUUUUUGCUAACAGAGCCUUAUGUUUUUUGAAACUUAAUAAAUUCGCUAAAUGUGAAGAAGACUGUAAUAUUUCUAUAAAAUUGGAUGAUACAUAUGUUAAAGCUUAUCAAAGGAGAGCUGCUGCUAGAAUUCAUCUAAAAAAGUUUGAACAUGCAGAAAUUGAUCUUAAAAAGGUACUCGUAAUAGAACCUAACAAUAAAGAAGCUAAAAUCGAGCUAGAUAACUUGGAAAAGUUAUUAAAAAGAAAUAAACCAGAGGUUUAUGACCAAAGACCAGUUUCGAAGUUUACAGCUUCUCGAAAAAAGACAACUUUUAAAACGGCUUAUCAACCACCAGAGAAAAAAAUACUUGACGACAGUACACCUCUUCCACUUUGGACUGAUAAUACAGAAAUCAUAGAAGUUAAACCCAUUAACAAACCACCACAUUUACAAUCGAAACAACCCCUAAAAAGGAUACAAAUAACUGAAACUGAUGAAGUCACACCAAUAAGAGAACAAAUCAAAACAACAGAUGAAGGACCAGUUAAAAAUUAUGUUUUAGAAAAAACUCAAUCAAACAAUAUCCAAUCAACCUUUAUUCAUAAAAAUGAAAUUGAAACUAUAGAAGAAAAGAAAAUAUCAUUGGCUUCUAUUCCUUCAGAACACCUAGAACGAGUACUGUUCAAAGAACAAAAAUCAUUGGAAAAAGGAGGUAACCCUGAGAAAAAAUUAACCAAUGUAAAUAUAAUUAAUAAUGAAACACAGGUCACGCUGAAAGAUGCGAAAAACAAUGUUAAUGACUCCAAAAAACUGACAGGAAAUAAUGAAAUGAAUUUCGUUUAUCCCAAAACCUCUGUACAAUUUUGCUCUGCUUGGAAAAACUUCAAAUCUACAGAAGAUAAAUACAGAUACUUGAAAUUUAUGGAUCCCAAAGAUGUUCCAAAAAUAUUCUUGGAAUCCUUAGACAGUGUACUAUUCAGUAACAUUCUAGAAGUAAUGGCAAAACAUUUCAUAGAACACAACGACAAAACAUUCGACAUUUUGAAUUGUUUUUCUCAAGUGAAGAGGUUCAGUGCUAUUGUUUUGUUUAUGAACGGAGAGGAUAAAAACAAUCUAUGGAAACUAUUUGAUCAUAUGAAAGUAAAUGAAGAAAAAGAAGACAUUGCUACAUUGAUAAUAAAAUAUGAGCUGUAAUUUUUCUGAAGAGCUGCACUUUUUCCUGCAAUGGUGUUUGUGGUUUCAGCACUUGUGAUUUUUGUUAAAAGUUUCACGUGUUCAAUAAAAUACUUUUAAAAAACUA